AUGAACAAGCUGCAAAGACUGCUUCAGAGCAAGAUCCUGAUCCUGACAAUAUGUGCCGCUGGGAUUGGAGGCACUUUCCAAUAUGGUUACAACAUCUCCAUCAUCAAUGCUCCAACUUCAUACAUCCAGAUGUUCAUGAAUGAAACCUGGCUGGAGCGCACAGGCGUUCCCCUUGAGAGCAACGUAAUCCUGCUGCUGUGGUCUUUCACCGUCUCUGCGUACCCCCUGGGAGGGCUCACUGGGGCUGUUGUUGCUGGUCCCAUGGCCAUCAUGCUGGGAAGGAAGAUGUCCCUGCUGCUGAACAAUGCCUUUGUGAUCAUAGCUGCAGUCUUGUCAGGAUUCAGUCGAAUGGCAAAAUCCUUUGAAAUGAUUAUGCUCGGCAGAUUUUUUACUGGCGUGAAUGCAGGUGUCAGCAUGAACAUUCAGCCGAUGUAUCUGGCAGAAAGUGCUCCAAAGAAGCUCAGAGGUGCUGUGGCAUUGACUUCUGCAUCGUUUACAGCCCUGGGGUUGGUGCUGGGACAGGUUGUUGGACUCAGGGAGCUACUAGGAGGGGAGGAGAGCUGGCCGUUCCUUUUAGCUAGCAAUGUGGUGCCUGCCCUGAUCCAGCUCACAGCUCUGCCUUGGUUCCCUGAAAGUCCCAGAUACCUCUUGAUUGACCGUGGAGAUGAAGAAUCCUGCAUCUCUGCGCUGCAGAAGCUCAGAGGCAACAGUGACCUGAGCGCAGAGCUGGAAGAGAUGCUGGCUGAACAGGCUGCUGUUAAAGGUCAGAGAGCGAAGAAUCCUUGGGAGCUCUUCCAAAACCCAGCUUUGAGGUGGCAGCUGACGAGCAUCGUUGUGCUGAGCAGUGCCAUGCAGCUCUGCGGCAAUGAUUCGAUGUAUUUUUAUGCAGCUUAUGUGUUCCAAGAGGCUGGAAUUCCUCAGGACAAAAUCCCAUACGUUGUGAUUGGCACAGGGAGCUGUGAGCUGAUCACGUCUGUCACUUGUAAUAUGAUUAUAGACUACGCUGGUCGAAGGCCACUGCUCCUGGGAGGAUAUAUCUUUAUGGCAGGAUGGGCCAUUGUCUUCAUGGUCGCUCUGAGCCACCAGACUCAGAUUAGCUGGAUGCCUUAUCUCAGCAUGGCCUGCAUUUUCGCCUAUAUCCUGAGCUUUGGAAUCGGACCAGCUGGUGUAACAGGAGUUCUGCCCACGGAGGUUUUUGAUCAAAUGUCCCGGCCAGCUGCUUACAUGAUCUGUGGCUCUCUGCUCUGGUUCAACCUAUUUCUGGUUGGAACAGCCUUUCCAUUCAUUGUGAAAAGUCUAGAACAUUUCUGCUACAUCCCAUUCCUUGUGGUCUGCAUCUGCACUGCACUCUACGUUGGGUUUUUCCUUCCUGAGACAAAGGGAAAAUCCUUCCUGGAAAUCUCAGAGGAGUUCAAGAAACGGAACUUCAAAGCUAAGACCCGUGCGGCUUUUUAUAAAGGCCCUGAAGAGAUCAAAUCCACCAUGUUGUAG